GGGGUUUAAAUAAGAAAAGGAGGUUUGUUGAACUGGGGCAUGAAAAAAUCGACUCCACAGGAGCACAAGACCCGCGACUGUAACGUGUUCGGGCAAACCGGGACUCCUCUUCCUUUAUAUUGAUUUUAUUUACCGUUCUUUGGAUCCAGGUUGGUGUUAAACCAGCUAACAGUGAGCUGUCGUGCGGUGUUGAAGCUGAAACAAAGCGGACCCUCAGUUUAAGAUACGGACCGUUUCUGGGUCUUUUAAGAGGACAUUUUUUGGGGGACAAAUGUUACUCUAAAACCACAGAAAGGACAGUGUAACCUACGAAUAAGAUGGAUCUGCGGCUACUUUUGAUAGCAACAUUAUCAGCAGUCCUUGGUGGCAGCUGGGCACAGCAAGAGGGGAGCGUGUGCAUCAAGGCAAACGCACAAUCAUGCGGGGAAUGCAUCCAGGUCGCUGAGACGUGUGGAUGGUGUACGGAUGAAGACUUCCUCUCCACCGGUGAGUCCAAGUCGGCCCGCUGUGACGAUCUGGAGUCCCUGAAGAAGAGAAACUGUGCCGUGACCAAAAUCGAGAACCCGCGUGGAAGCAUCACCAUCAACAAGGACAAGCCCGUCACCAACCGCAAGAAGGACGUGGCAGAGAAACUGAAGCCUGAGCAGAUCACUCAGAUCCAGCCACAGAAACUCACUCUGACGCUCAGAUCUGGUGAGCCACAGACUUUUGAGCUGAAAUUCAAGCGUGCUGAGGACUACCCCAUCGACCUCUACUACCUUAUGGACCUCUCCUUCUCCAUGAAAGAUGAUUUGGAAAACGUGAAGAACCUCGGCACCGACCUCAUGAGAGAAAUGCAGGAGAUCACCUCAGAUUUCAGGAUCGGUUUCGGCUCCUUUGUGGAGAAGACGGUCAUGCCUUACAUCAGCACCACGCCAGCCAGGCUCAUCAACCCCUGCACAGGGAACCAGAACUGCACCAGCCCCUUUAGCUACAAGAACGUCCUGAAGCUGACGAACAAAGGAGACGAGUUCAACCGUUUGGUCAGCCAGCAGCAGAUCUCAGGAAACCUGGACUCUCCAGAGGGGGGGUUUGACGCCAUCAUGCAGGUGGCAGUCUGUGGGGAGCAAAUCGGAUGGAGGAACGUGACUCGUCUAUUGGUGUUCUCCACCGAUGCUGGUUUCCACUUCGCUGGUGACGGCAAACUGGGCGGCAUCGUCCUGCCAAAUGAUGGGAAGUGUCACCUUGAGAACAACAUGUACACCAUGAGCCACUACUAUGACUACCCCUCUAUCGCACAUCUGGUUCAGAAACUGAGUGACCACAACAUCCAGACCAUCUUUGCCGUCACUGAAGAAUUCCAGCCUGUGUACAAGGAGCUGAAAAAUCUUAUCCCUAAAUCAGCUGUGGGCACUCUGUCCUCCAACUCCAGCAACGUCAUCAAACUCAUUAUUGAUGCCUACAACUCUUUGUCCUCUGAGGUCAUUCUGGAAAACGGCAGGCUGCCAGAGGGAGUUUCCAUCAACUACAAGUCCAUCUGUAAGAACGGUGUGGAGAGCACAGGGGAGAACGGCAGGAAGUGCUCCAACAUCUCCAUCGGAGACGAGGUGUCUUUCAAGAUUUCCAUCGAAUCCCAGAAGUGUCCGGCUCACGGCAAGACAGAGACCAUUAAGAUCAAACCUCUGGGCUUCACAGAAGAGGUGGAGGUCGUUCUGAACUUCAUCUGUGACUGUCAGUGUGCCACAGAGGGAGAGCCCAACAGUGAGCAGUGCCAUGAGGGCAACGGAACCUUCGAGUGUGGAGCCUGCAAGUGCAACGAUGGACGAAUCGGACGUCAAUGUGAGUGCAGCAAAGACGAAGUGCGGACAGAGGACCUGGACGCUAACUGCAGAAAAGACAACGGUACAGAUAUCUGCAGCAACAACGGGGACUGUGUCUGCGGCACAUGUGAAUGUAAGAAGCGGGACAACCCUGCAGAGAUCUACAGCGGCAAGUACUGCGAGUGUGACAACUUCAACUGUGACCGCUCCAACAACAAGCUCUGUGGAGGACACGGACGCUGUGAGUGCAGGAAGUGCAUCUGUGAUGCUAACUACACAGGCAGCGCCUGCGACUGCUCCCUGGAGACCUCCACCUGUCUCGCUAAGAACGGACAGAUCUGUAACGGCCGGGGAACUUGUGAAUGUGGAAUCUGCAAAUGUACCAACCCCAAAUUCCAGGGCCCAACCUGCGAGAUCUGCCCCACCUGCCCUGGUGUCUGCGCAGAGCACAAAGAUUGCGUUCAGUGCCGAGGGUUCGACGAGGGCGACAAGAAGGACACGUGCGAGCGGGACUGCAACUACUUCGACCUGAUCAAGGUGAAGGACCGCAAACAGCUGCCUCAGCCCACAGACCAGAGCUUCCCACUGACUCACUGCAAAGAGCGAGACGCCAACGACUGCUGGUUUUACUACACCUACGCCAUCAGGAACGACACCAAGGAGGUGUAUUUGUUGGAGACACUGGAGUGCACUACAGGACCUGACAUCAUCCCCAUCGUGGCAGGAGUGGUAGCGGGCAUCGUGCUGAUCGGCCUCGCUCUGCUGCUCAUCUGGAAACUGCUCAUGAUCAUCCACGACCGCCGAGAGUUCGCCAAGUUUGAGAAGGAGAAGAUGAACGCCAAGUGGGACACGGGUGAGAAUCCGAUCUACAAGAGUGCCGUGACCACCGUCGUCAAUCCAAAGUAUGAAGGCAAAUGAUUGAGCUGUGCCUUCUCUGUGACAACACUGUAUGGAAAGAACAUGGGCCAGGGUGGAGGGAGGGAGGAAGGGAGGGGUGGGUUUUUUAAUGCUCUCACUGUUUGUUUGUUUGUUUGUUGUUGUAGUCACCAAAUGAUAGCAAAGCAUUUUGCCACUAUUUCAUUUUGUUUUUACUAACUUGUUUUUAUUUUCUAUGCAUCAUCUGAAUUGUGUACAGUCUGUAUAAACGUGGGGUCAUUGUAUUAUUUUUUUUUUUGCCUGUGCUGAGCUUGAGAGAAUGUGUUGAACUGAUUUGUAGUUUUUCUGCCAUAUGACUGGCAUGGUAACGAAAGCCUAGCUGUGCCUUUUUAAAAAAAACAAAAGAAACAUCAAGCCAUCAGUGUUUUGUCGAGGAGUGAAUUGGAAGUUGAUAACGGGCAAGAAAAGAAGAGUUCUUUUCCAAAUGAGCACGUACACAACGAUGAGUGGGCGGUGACAGGAGCAAAGGUCUCAUUCAGUCUCUAUUCAUUUGGACAGAGUCGAUAUCGCUCUGUGUAAAUGCUUCUUUGGACUGAAACUCUUAAAAUGUAGCGCCAGGUGUGGUAGCAUUGAAAUGUGUACAGUAUGUUCUGGUUUCUGUGUUAAGCCAUAUAUGUAUUCACUGAGCAGGAUGUAAGGCGUAAGUAUGUUUUUGUUUUUAUCUAAUCCAUCUGAACAAUCAUUUGAUAUCUUUUUGUGUAGAAAAGAUGUUUUCCUGGGCUGCCUUUUGAAAGGACACCAGUGUACAGUAGUGUUACUGUGUGAGUCCAGGGUUUACUUGCUUAAUUUAAAGCCAACUCAGGUCCUUAAUUCUUCACAGCAAUGCCAAAUACACAAAAACCUGCCUUAUUGCUAGCUUAAUUAGCUUUUAUUGAAAUGCCUUGUUUUAUUUGUAGGAUAUGAACUGGGGAAGGGUCCAACUUUUUCUACAUGUCAGUAAUUCCACCGUGUAUGGUGCUUCGAUCAAGCGUUUUUUAUGAAGAAAAAAAAAACUGGUAAUAGUGUCGAUGUUAAGUUAGAAACAUCAGCAGCAAGAGGUCGCUCUUCAAAUCUCUUGAAUUUGAAAGAAAAGGUUACAGCUGUCAUCAUUGUUUCUAAGUGCCUUUUUUAUUUCAACACAUCCACAUUUGCAAUUCUGUAUUUCUGAAAUUAUUUAUUAAAUAAACCUUGAAAACAAUUUACCCCAA